AUGCGUUACGAGACCUCCAAUCGGACAAUAGUGAUUCUCCCCACCGACAAGGGCAAGGGCACCGUGGUGCUCAACAAAACCGACUAUGAGAAAAAGAUGGAAGAAAUUUUUGAUGACCCGGCCCAUUUUGUGAAGCUCCAGCACGACCGGACGCUCAAAACAGAACGUUCGCUCGUUGGCCAUCUCCGUGAUCUGAAGAAAAAAAGGCGAAUUGAUGACCCCACCUACCGACAUCUGUUCUCAUCCGACGCCUCGAUUCCCAGGGCUUACGGACUUCCGAAUGUACAUAAACCGCAGUGCCUCCUACGACCCAUUGUCUCCUUCAUUGGAUCGCCUACUCAUAAUCUUUCAAAAUUCUUGGUUCAACUCAUCACACCGGUAACUGAAAAGAGCGGACUGACUGUUCGUAAUUCCAGCGAGUUCGUGGAGCUUACUCGAGAACUGACGAUGGAUCACGACGACGUCAUGGUGUCCUUCGACGCUGUGUCUCUCUUUACUAACGUUCCGACAGAUGUGGCGAUUGCAGUGGCUCAGACCCAUUUCGCCUUCCGAGGACAAGUGUACCAUCAGAUUGCUGGCUGCCCUAUGGGUAGCCCCGUGUCGGUGACCAUGGCGAACCUCGUCAUGGAGCACCUAGAGAUGACCGCGUUGCAGAGGACACGCCAUAAGAUCAAGUUCUACAGACGAUAUGUCGACGACACCUUCGUCAUUUUCAAUCAAGAACACGUGAACAACUUUCUUUCUACCUUAAAUGAUGUUGAGCCCGGCAUUCAGUUCACGUACGAAGUCGAGCAGGAUAACCGGCUGCCCUUCUUGGAUGUUGACGUACGAAGAUGUCAGAAUGGCAAGUUAGAAACUAGCAUUCACCGUAAAUCUUGUGACACCGAAAAUUUCUUGAACUUUGAAUCCCACCAUCUUAUCGAACAUAAACGAAGUGUCGUUAGAAGUCUUCUUCGAAGGCCCGACAAUUUCACUUCGACCCCUGAACUCCGCGCAGAAGAGGAGGCAACUAUUACCAUGUCUCCGGCUAAACGCGGCUAUCCCAAACAACGAAAGAUGGAAGUCACUGAAGAGGUUAGCCAGCUGUAG